UGAUAUCAAGGGUCACAGCAACAUCAAUCUCGCGAGCAUCGCCAUUUUUGGUUCAGUCAGCUGUUUCUUUUUACAGUGUAAACAUAAAAUCGCAAGAGGAAGUGGAAAAAGACGAACAUUUAAUAUCGUUGAGAUUUCUGGAAAAGUACAUGAAUAAGGGUCUAACUUAGAGGACGUAGGAUCCACAGCCUGCGCAGAACCUGCAUUUAAGGAUUGAAGAUGAUUGACAGCACUCAGUCCUCUGUUUCAACUUCAUUGCACCUCUGCACUGCUUUUAUCAUUCCAUUCCUCCUCUGUGACACCCCUACUGUGGAAGCCGUCAUCAUUGCACACUCAAGUAAUAACACUACUGCAGUCUUUGAUGAUUUGCCUGCGCUGUUUGGUUACCAGUUACCAGAAGAUGGCCUGACAGGCUACAUAAUAGAAGCUAAGCCAGAGAAUGCUUGUAUACCUAUACAGGCUCCUCCAGAGCAGAGCAACUUCACAAAGUUUAUUGCUUUGAUUCGCAGAUACAGCUGCAACUUCGAUAUCAAGGUGCUGCAUGCACAGCAGGCGGGGUUCAGUGCUGCUGUCGUGUACAAUGUGGAUUCUGACAAGUUACUAAACAUGGGUUGGAGUGAUGCAGAAGUAAUGAACCAGAUCAAAAUUCCAUCUGUCUUCAUAGGAGCAACGUCAUCUGACUAUCUGCGAACACACUUUACAUAUGACAAAGGUGCCUAUGUUGUAUUGAUGCCAGAGUUCAACUUUCCUCUAGGAUAUUACCUCAUUCCCUUCACUGGUGUGGUGGGCAUUGUGGUCAUUGUUAUGUUCACUAUUUUGAUUGUACGUUGUUGGCAGCAUAGAAGGAGAUUGAGGCGAAAUAGACUGUCUAAAGACCAGUUAAAGAAGAUUCCAGUCCAUAAAUUUAAGAAAGGGGAUGAAUAUGAUGUCUGUGCAAUAUGCCUGGAUGAGUAUGAAGAAGGAGACAAGCUGAGAAUUUUGCCUUGUUCUCAUGCUUAUCACUGCAAGUGUGUUGACCCAUGGCUGACAAAAACAAAGAAAAUAUGUCCUGUAUGUAAGCAGCGAGUUAUACGUGUGGCGGAUGACUCAAAUUCUGAUUCUGAGACUGAAAGUCAGCAGGGGGAAGAGCAGAUCUCUGAACGUACACCAUUGCUCCACCCAUCUUCAUCUUUGACAACCCAGUCAUUUGGAAGCACAGCAGAAUCCCUUGCACAGCAGGAUGACAAUGAUUCGUCAGAAUAUGAUGAUGAUGAUGAUGAUGACGUUGAUGACGAUUUUAAUGAUGGGGAGGAAAGGAAUAAUCCUACCGAAGCAGUCCAACUAGAACAAAGUAGUCAUUUGCACCAUGAUGAAAAUGUGGAGGAAAAUCGCCAUGGGCCAAUUACUGUGUAACAAUUUCUUGUAUCAUUGUUCAGACCUGCACUAAUUCCAUUUCUGUAUGGGGGAAAUGAACAAUAUUAAGCAACUUUUCAAAUCAUGUUAAAGCCAGCCUCCAUGAUCUUAUUUUCUUAUGAGAACUUUUUUCCUUUCUCUUUAAUUUUAUUAUGAAGUAUGUCUAUGGAAGCAACUGUUAAGAUAUUGUGUAUCACUACAUGAUGUCAAAACCAGACUUACCACUUAUCUGCCUUAGGUUCAAUCGGCUGUAUUGGUUUGUUUGUCAGUGAUGACAUUUUGAAGGUAUAGUGGAUUCACUGUUUAAAAUUUGGCAAACAGCACAAUGUUGUAAGUGGUCGUAUUGUCCCAUUCACUCUUUUUGGUUGAUUGUUUUAUUAACAACACAGUUCACAAGCUGUACAGCAGGCUUGCUCACUUCUGCCACCAUUUGAAGUUCACUGAUUCAGAAGUGUCUUCAUGUUAGACAGCAAUGUUUGUGUGCCAUGACUUAGCAUCUGGUAUUCCAGUGUUUUUGUCUUAGCUGCUCUGAUUUGAGUGGAUGACUGAUGGAUGCCAUUAACUCCAAGGAAAAGGAGGACCUUCUUUUUUGAAGUUACAAAAUGUUAGAUGGCGAUUUAAAUACUGAAGUCUUUAGAUCAUAUCCCCUACUUCCCCAGGCAGUGUCAGAAAUGUGUUGAUCUUUUAACUGUUUGUUAAUGAAAAUUACUAGAACAGAACAAGAACCUAACACUUGCAGCUAUAUGCGUUCCUGCUAAGUAUAGACUCUGUGGAGUAUUAAAUAUGUCUGCUGAUACAGUUUUACAAAGGAAGAAGAAUACAGAGUGAAGGAAUCAUCCUUAAGCUUUAUGUGACCAUUCUUGCAGUAUACUUGAGCUUCUCAGUAUGAGACAUCAAAGCAAAUGAGUAUUACAUAGGACUAGAAGAAAGGCCUUUGUAAUGGAAAAAUGUGCAAUGACUGCCUUUGGAUUAAGGCAACUGAGGUUCAGUUUUGUAGACUAAAUUGUAAAAUAAAUGAUGCAAUAGA